UCUCAGUGGGAGGAGGAAGAGCGGUGGGGCUCCGCCACCCGGACUCUCGCUCAUCUCGGCCUCUCGUGUCCUCCGCCACGCCUCGGGUCCUUCCCCUAUGGCCACGGCACAGCGAUGGGCGCGUGCUGGUCAUGGUGUGUGGCCGCGCUGAGGCCGGGCGGUGCGGCAGGGAGACCCAGGCUCUCUCGGGCAGGAGGAGGAGGGUCUAAAUAUUUUAAGUCUGGCUACGCCGCAGAGCAUACAACCAUCGAGUUUGAAAACUUGGUGGAAGAAGAUGAGGUUUACAGCAGUGUCAACUCCAACCCAAGGAUGCUCACCGAGGAGGAGGUGAGGACCCUGCGGGAAGGGAAAUACGAGCACCUGGUUGAGGACCAGAGGAACCUCGACCAGAGAUUGGCGCAGCAGUUACGGGAGCAGGAGGAGAGGUUGAAAAAGGAGGAGGAGGCUUUACACAGGGCACAGAGGCUGGCUGCCCUACAUGCCAAGCAAAAGCAUGCGCGCCAGGAGAGGAGCUCUGAGCUGGAUAAGUCGUGGGUGGGAGACAGUGCUGACGAGUGGCAAGUGGCCGAUGAGGAAGAGGACUUUGAUAAUUAUCUGCAGGGGGUCAAGGCAAGAUCGGAUGCUUUUAGGAACAAAUACCGGAUCGUUGCGGAUGCGGCGAUCACCCCCAACACGGAGAGCAGCCGCACGCGGUCGUCCGCCGACGACAGCGCCUCGCUCGACCUGGAGUGGGAGGACGAGGAGGGCAUAAACCGCAUGCUGGAGGCUCAUGAGCGCUCGCGCACGGAGGAGGACCUUCUCCAAGCGUCCAUGAUGCAACCCGAGUCUCCCCGCCCGCCGGGGAGGGCGAGGAGCGACCGCGAGCAACAGCAGCAAGAGCAGCAGCAGCAGCAGCAACGGCAGCGACAGCAGCAGCAGCAGCAGCAGCAGCAGGGCGACAGCGGCGGCAACGGCUCCACCCCGGCCGCCACCUCCACCACCGAGUCAUCCCCGGGGCUCGAGUGGGAGAACGACUUUGUGGGCGCCCAGGUGGACGAUAACGGCAACGACGACGGAGGCAGCAGCGUGCCGGCUGCCGCGGGCUCGACGGACGGAUCCACGUCGGGGGACGACAGGCACGCGGCCGAUAGGUAGCCGCCGUUUCGCAACGCACGCAACGGCGGCGGCGGUUUGUAAAUGUCAUUGCCACCGCCGCACAUCGUAUGUGUUGCCUUGCAGCCGGUUUGGCCCAGACACAUUCCGUCCUCCUCCGUCCCCUCCAUCUCCUCUAACGUUUAUAUUGGCGAAGUGGCAGCUGUCACGGCUAAGGCUUCGAGGAGGGGUGGGUACGGUGUUCACAAUUGAAUUCCACGUGAAUUUGAUACACGGUCCCUUGGCACACGGUGGCCUAAGUCACAAGAUAUAUUAAUUUGUCGCAAAGCAGAUGUUUCUUCUGCUUCUUCGAAAUUGGCUUAACAUCUCGCCAAUGAGUCUCAAGACUUUACUUACCCAGGAUUUGCUGGGUAGAGCAUUAUCGUUAAAGAAUCAAGUCAUGACAUCCGACAAAUUAGUUGAAUGAUGGUGCUGGUUAAGGGCUGCGGAAAGGAGGAGUGACGCUCUGUGCAUCACCAUCGGUCUCUCUAGAGCCAAAAUAUUAUUUUGUCCAUUGGACCAAGAAAAAAACAUAACGGGGGAAAUCAAAGCAGGGAAAUUGUUGCUUUCAAUGAAAAUUUUGUUGCUGAACAGGUUUUACAUUUUCUCUGUUUUGCAGGUUUAUGCAAUGAUGAGCUUAUAAAAAUAGAUUUUUUUUUCGUGUGGUUUAUAUUUAGACCAUUUGUAUGUGGUGUGGCCUAACACAAGGAGGAAGGGGCGGGGGGGGGGGAGUGUUUUCUCAUGUAUAAUGCACUGGCUUUAGAUGCUCAACACACUGGGGAGAGAUGUUUUAUUGAAGCUACUGUAUUUCCGCAAUGUUUGUAUUAAUCUGCCUCGAAGUGUUAUCGGAACGGAAGCCCAAGUCUGUUUGUAAUGCACAGAUGUGAUCCUGAAGCAUUUUGCGUGUGUGUAAAAUACUUUUCUGCAUUCCUCAUCGGAUGUUCAAGAACACGUGCAGCAUUUCUGCAAUUGUCUGAAGAAACACAGCACAUUUACAAAACCGUGGUGUCUUGAUUUGUGAAGAACUUUUCCUUUACGUGGGCAUCUGUUUUAGUGACUCUUUCUACCCCGUUAUCAACGCGCUUAACGGUUUCACACACACACAGACAAAGAUCUCCUGUGUAGCCUCUACAUAGUUUUUGGGGCAAGUGCUGUUAGUGAUAACCUAUGAAGGGGGUGGGUGGCCAGCACCACGCCCGGCCUCCUUUCUCUCCCCAGUGGCGAUGUUGACGCACCACACCAGGUACUCAUUUGAGGCUGAGUCAACCUAGGGGAGGCCCAGCACCGGUUCAGAUAAUCGUCACUGGUGUUGGCCUUGAGCGGGAAUCGAACUCGGGUCGCCGGGUUCUUAGGGCAGCACGCUAACCGCUACACCCCCGCUCCAUACACACACACUAAGGUCACCGAUGUAGAUUUGUUUGUAUUGCUGUUAGCGAGCACCCGUUAAGGCCCACAAAGCAUGCGAGCCACUGCUGCGGUUAAAACCCAGCACGGUCAAACACACUCAUCAUUCCCCUUUGCUCGUGUUGAGCACACAGUCCCCAGGUGCUCGUGUUAUGCCAAGUUGACAUAACAGUGGCCCAGAUUCAGAUGCAAAUGGCCGAUGGCGUUGUGCAUCAUGGGAUAUAACCGGCGUAAGUGGCAAUCGUAACGUAACAUGGUUAUCCUGCCGUGUUGACGAAUCUUGAAAAAACGCUCCGCUUGGUCAAUGCGCAGCCGAUGCGAGUGCAUCGGGUUUUAUUUCGUGAAUAUCCGCGCAGGAGGACGGGGAGGGGGCUUGACCGGGCAUGCUCAGUUGUUGGACACAUUGCGAAUUGGCGCGCUGUGGGAGUUGCCGUCAUCGAUUUCGAACCGAGUGAGUUAUUUUACCGUUUAAAGGGUCCAACCUGAUUUAGGCUUAAUUAAGUUGGUUCAUUCUGACCACACGCCCCCCCCCCCCCCGCUCGCCCCCUACGUUAUGAAUAAAUAUGUCCAUUUGUUUUAUGAAACCUGGUUGCGGGUGGCAGUUCGGUGUGAUGAAUGUUUACUUCGAGGUAGGUGUUUGUUUUAGAAUAAUUUGUCACGAUUUCGUGCCACUUCGUGUCUGUUAUAGUCAAGCUGUUAAACGUUGCAAUGAAGCUCGUUGGUCUCAGCAAAAAAACUAAAAUCGACGUAUCCUAAAUUUCCCCUUGGGUCAACAAAGUUCAUUGAUUUGCCUUAAUUAAAUCACAGCUGUUGAGUUGUGCGAUGAAUUUCCCACACGCAACCGCCGUACAUAACGUAACUUUUUUUUUUAAAGCAAUGGCUUUACAACAGCAGACAUUGCCUGUGACAUUCAGGAAGAAAAAAAAACCUGCCAUACAGCUGCCAAUCGGCGAAGUUAAUGUUGCGUUUGAUGCAUCUGGACCGCAAGACCACGUGCCAUGUUCGUGAAUGUUGAUGUCUUCCAUCCGUGACCGAUGUAUCUACGUGCAAUUUUACACCUUGAACUUGUUAACGAUAAAAAGUCGCUUCAAGUUUUCUUUCUGUUUUGAGCAGCAAAGCCGCCUGGCACCAGUGAAGGAAAUUCCACAUUCCCAUGACAGGGGUCAGUUUAUUCAUCAGACGACCGUAGAGGUGGAGAGGCUUGUGGGUCAGGUCAUCCCCACCGCAACCGGGGGAUUUGAACUCUUGUGACCUUCCGACAGCACGAGCCGAGAGCACAAUUCCCGUUGUAAAGUAAAAAAAAUAGCCACGGGAGGAGGGGGGGGUACAGCUACUCUGGAAUCCCAAAGCUGAUUCAAACCUAGGGCUAUGGUUCGUCAUCCACGGUGGCCUCAUCUGAGUGUCUGACUGCACGCACACACAGCAAGCAAGGAGUGGGUGGGGUGUAACAUGGGAGAGACCUCACCGCGCACCUCUUUCAAAGUCGUGUGACCGGUACAAAGGAAUCAUACUCUUGGGUUUUUUCGGUAAAGUCAU